CGUUUCCUUGUCCUGUCAUAGCGAAGCAAACGGGAAGGUUCUGUUUGUCGAGCGGAAACAGACGCUGGAUAUAAAUACGGAGAACCACACCGAGAAAAGAUUUCAUUAGUUUGACCUGUAAAUGAUAUCCGAGCCUUACGCAGCGCAGCUACCUUGAUGCCGACGCUGGAGACGGUCUUUUCUGUGUUUGCUUAGCUUGCUGUUAGUGCCCGCCCGCAGCGCCUCCCUGGCGAUGAGUACGGACCUGCUGUCGGACCUGGACAGCCGCUUCUUCGCUGAUAACCUCCUCACGAGCGAGGACUGGGAUGCCUGCCUGUUCCAGUGUGAGAGCAUGGAGGAGGGCGAGGACGGAGACUUCAGCCGAGGCUUGAAAUAUGACACAUCGUUUGACAAUGACCUCGUGCUCACCCUCGACCCUGACAACCCCACAUCACCGUGGCAACACCUUGACGACAACCUUCUCACAGGAGAGGCUCCUGUGUUAAAAAAUGAAAUGACAAUAACGCAGCCAUUACCGGUGGAGAUGCUGUUUCAGGUGAAAGCAGAGCCUCCCUCUCCCGCGUCCUCGCUUGAGUCUGAGUGCUCGGUAUCUUCACCUGAUCCACAGAUCACCGUUAAAGGCGAAAAUCCUCCGACGCCUCCGUACAUGUACGGAGACGUGCUGUCGCCUCCGCUGGGAUCCAUGGAGGUUACUGUAGCAACAACAGUACCCCCACCACAGACCCAGAUUCCUGCAGUGACACAGACGCAGCUCCAGACGCCGCUGACAGCACCGAUCCCAGCGGUCAUCAGUGGGCUACAGACGCAGGCUGCAGUCUUGCCGAGCUCAGCCACAUUAAAGGCCAACACCAUUCUGAGCACCAAACCUCCCAUCCAGCCCAGACCCGUGUGUGUUGCCACACUCCCGGUCCCCCAGGCCACCACACCAGCCAAGACCCUCAUACUGCAGGGCGUCCCCUCCAUGGAGCAGACCAGACCUGUCGUCCUCUCUCCGUCCGUCUGUCUCGGCUCGACGCCGGCCAUCGUCAAAAUGGAGCCCGUCUCUCCCAGCAUCCCCCAGCACUGCUCCAGCCCCACGGCCCCACCCGCUAGCAAACCCAUCGUCCCGGCGACCACAGCAUUACCUGGCAACAACUCGAGCGACAUCGAUAUGAAGGUGCUGAAGCGGCAGCAGAGGAUGAUAAAGAACCGAGAGUCGGCCUGCCAGUCGAGGAAGAAGAAGAAGGAGUACUUGCAGAACCUGGAGGCUCAGCUGAGGGAGGCCCAGCAGGAGAUUGAACGGCUUCGCAAGGAGAACCAGUCGCUCAGGGAGAGGCUGGCAGGGAAGGAGGGCAGCGAGUCAGUGAGUAACAAGAGAGCCGUGUGCGUCAUGGUCAUUCUGCUCUUCAUGACCUUCAGCUUUGGACCCGUCAGCAUCACAGACAGGAAGCUGUCAACUGGUCUGCAGGAAGACACGAUGUCGUAUAUAGGACGACGGCUGCUGGAGAUCGAACAGCAACAACAGCAGGCGGCUCCAUCUACCAGCAAAGUGGUGGACAAGACCGAGACGGAGGAGGACGGAGGUGACGAGCAAUGGAAGAGAGCAGAGGAGAGAGAUGCCCCAGAGUCAUAUCAGUUCAGAAACCUGAGUGACGUGUUCAGUGAUGUGAAGGACCUGGUUCUGCAGGACAUCGACCGUUACUUCACCUCCUCGGACUGCCGCCAGUUCAACCGCUCCGAGUCUCUCAGGCUGGCAGACGAGCUGAGGGGAUGGGUCCAUCGACAUCAGAUCAAUCGGAAGAAGUCUGGAGGAAAACCGAAGAUCGCCAAGAAGGCCAAGAUCGCCCAGCACAAAGCUCAGCAGAGGAAGACAAACUUCUCCAGAUAUUUGCCAAUCCAGGCCCACCGCUCCAUAGAAAGUCAGCUGCAGGUGCUUCCUGGUCCUGAGGUCACAUACAGCGACUUCCUGGACGCCAUCGACCGCAGAGAGGACACGUUCUAUGUGGUGUCUUUCAGACGGGACCACCUGCUGCUUCCGGCCAUCACCCACAACAAAACCAGCCGGCCCAAAAUGUCCCUGGUGAUGCCGGCGAUGUCUGUGAACGAGAGUCUCUAUAACUCCUCUCAGGGCUACGAGAUGAUGAUGCAGGUCGACUGCGAGGUCAUGGACACUCGAAUCGUCCCCAUAAAGUCAUCCGCUGUCCCCCCCUCCCUCCGAGACCCGCCCCCGCCUCCCCCCUCCUCCCCCCACAGCUCCAAUCAUCACCCUAGCAACCACACGUCACUCCGAGGACGCCAACACCACCAGCACCCCUCCUCCUCCUCCUCUUCUCAGAGGCAGCCUUUACCUGCCCGUCGACGGACAGCUGAAUAUUUAAUCAGCCAAUCAGAAGGAGUCUGAAGGUUGAAGGUUGGAGAAAGACCAAGUGUAAUCUCAUCAUCCCUUCAUCAGGUAACGGUUCCUCCUCCAGCAAACAGGAAGCUCCUCUCCGGAGUCGAGCUUCCUGACGUUUCCCAAGAGGUGAAAAUUCACGAAAGCCUCCCUGAAAAAUUCAGCUACUCGAGCUCCGAAUUUCCUAAUUAAUACAAACGUGUUUGUAAAAAUGAGUGACAGCGCGGCGCACUGACAAUCAUGCUGGUUUCAUCGUUUUACAGUGAGAAUGCAGCGUGGAGAGGAAGCUGCUCAGUGAACCUCCGGCUUUCCCACACAAACGUCUCAUCCGUCAGGUUCUUUUUUUACCGUGAAUAUCUGAGCCGCUGCAGCCGCGGCAGGACCAAUGCAGGCUUUCAGUCCCGCCCUCUGUGGAGUUGUUAUAUUUGUGUUGUGUGACUGACGGAGGGGGCAGAGGCUCACUGCACAGAUUAAACUCUGGCUUAUGUAUCUCACAAUUCAGUCAUAAAAAUAGUUUAUAGAGGAAAAAGUUGAGCUGCGACUUUCUUUAAUUUGGGAGCGUUCUUGUAAUUUGAGCUACUUUUUGAGCAGCUUCAUUUUAGAGGGCUUCACUUCUUCAAACAGGAAGUCAGGUUGGUGUCAGAUCUGAAUUUAGAUUUGGUGUCGUCUACACUUAAAAUUAUCUGAAAGAUCCACAUACACAUAAAAAAUGGACUUUAAAUAGAAAAUUAAGAUGUUUAAUUGUUUUUCCUGUGGUAGCUGCAGUGUGUCUUAGCUGCUGCAUGAAGUGGGAACAGAUUAGAUGACGUGAGUGCAGAGACUGCACUGAGGGAAACGUAGUGUCUACAAACCGAAAUGUCACCAACAAAAAGGCAAAAAAAUCAUUGAAAAUGAAACAAAAGCAGCUUGUUUGGUACUUUUUUUUUUUUUGGAUUGAUUUUUGUGGUGCAGCGAUUAAAUGUGUUCCUGAAACUCUCAGAGAUCCUGCUUCAUGCAUCAGCAUCUUUUUUUGAUGGGGAUUAUUUAAUAGUUGUAAAUAUGAGUGUAGAUAUUUUGGUUUGUAUUUCACCUUUUUACUUUUUAGUUUGUUUUUCACAACAAAAAGAAAAAAAUUAGAAAAAGAACUAAAUUUUUCUCUGAAUUUUAUAUCUGUUGGACCAUCCGGUGUGACAUGCUCUGUGCUUGUAGUCUGAACUCAGAAUUAUCUCCUGAUCAAAUAUAUUUAUGGAGAUGUAUAUACAUAUUUUCUUUAUUAAUGUAAAGAAUUGACUUCAUACAGUCUGUUUCAUACAGUCUCUGCUCAUUUCCAGCUCCAUGUUUCAGUUCUUGGACUCUAACAGAGCACUUUGCAUGAUCCACAGUUCAAAAUAAUCCUCCUUUAUCUAAACCCGGCUGCACCCGCAGUUCAUCCUCUGCUGGAAACAAGCUGCUUUGGCUCCUCCCACUUUAAGCUUUCUUUUGAUUGGGUGGUUCUUGCAGACAGUCUGAACAGCAGGUGUGUGGGACUUCUGUGCCUGAGUUGGCAAUAUUAAUAUUAAGGACCCCCCCCAAUGCGGUGCCACAAUAAGAAGAAAAAAAAAAGUCAGUGUCGGAGCUGCUCUGACACUCAGACUUUCAGAACUGGAACAGGAGAUGGUAGGAACUGAGAGAAAGCAGAAAAGGCCACUUUAAAGGAACCCAGCUGCUGAAAGCUGCCCGAGUUGGACAGAAUAAGUCGGCCUCGCUGCAGCGUUGACUCAUUUUUAUGAGUUUGUACAAAAUAUCUUUAAUUUAAAUCCAAGAAUCCAGAAUCCAAACCUUACCUGUGGGUCAGUUGGCUCAGCAUUAUAGGAAAUGCUGAACCAACGUGUGUGCUUGUUUUUGUUUGUUUGUUUGACAUACAGCUUCAGAUAUGAGUUUGUUUUUUUUUUUUGGUCUCCAUCUUCAGUGUGAUAAAUUCUGCCUUCAUCAUUUCUUGCAGUGACAGCUUGCCUGUGAAAAGAGCCCCUGCAGUGAUCCUGUGUUAAUGUCGCCAUUUUUUUAUACUGAUGUUACUUUUGAUGUAAACAAAUGCAGUGAAUAUGUUAAAUGUAUGUUUUUGUCUCUUUUAAUAAUGGUUUGGAUUUUAAAAUGCAGCAGGUGGUGCAACAAAAGCAAUAUUUGUCAGCUGGUCCGUGGUUCUUAAGAUUCAGAUUGAUGGUAGUGGCAGAAAAUCCCCUGAGGAGGAGACGCUGCACUUCCUGUUCACAUUCUGGUUUCUAAAACCUGAAGAUAAAAAGCACUGAAAGCUGUCUCCGAGUCUUUGCUUGGAGUUCUGCUCAGAUCGUCCGAUUAUUCGUUUCUCAGUGGGUCAUAAAGGAAAAAGUUUAGUUUAAACCUAAAAAGUUUUUAUAAUAAUAAAAAAACAACCUUUAAUGAAGGUUUAUCACUUUAGCAGAAAAAUUAGGUUUAUGGGAAAGUUUUAUCAAAUUUUCCCAACUUCAAAAUAAGUCCUCGGCUCAGUACAAUGUGAAACUUCUCUUCACACUGAGCACAUUUUCAUUUCAUUUUGAAAUACCAAUUUUUUUUAUUUAUUUUUUUUAUUUGCAUUUUUAACAAGAAAAAAUAUAAAACUUCUUUUUAUUUAUUUAUUUUUUUUUAUUUUUGGUUCUGGCUACAUUAUGCUUUUUAAAACCCAAAGAUAUUGGGGAAAUAUUCACUGAGACCUGGUCAAAAUAUUUCUGUUCAUCAAUGAACUGAAGUUUAUUGUUUAUCUUUAAUAAAUGAUAAACUUUCUGUGUUUGUUUAAGCUUGUUUAAAUUUUGAAUGUGGGUUCUAACUAAGUUUUGCUAAUGCUAAUUGGAACAUUAAGUUUAAAGUUCAGACUUUAAGAACCACCGUCCUGCCUUGAAGCCCACUCUGUCUGUGCCGACUGAAGGUGUAAAUAUGAAAAUAUAUGUUGUGUGUCCUUUUUUAUUUAAAUUGAAUAAAAUCCUAAAUGUGUAAA